AUAAAGUCCGAUGCUAAUUGGUUUUGCAGGUGCCCGUACAGCGCGCCUCCUAUCGGUAGUUGAGCUUAGUUACAAGGUUUUGUAAUUACGUCAAUGUAAGAUUUUGAUAAUUGGUGUCAUAUCUAUUGUAUUAUAUCCAAUUAAAGAAGAACAAAAGACCUAACUACAAUGCCAGGGCGUAGAAAAGGCCGAGACGACAGCGACAUGGGUUCGGAAAAGGACGAGACGGGGUCUUUUGAGACUUUACGCGAUGAAGGAAUGUAUUUCGUACAUGUUCAACUAUACCAGAAGGCAGUUGAGAGUUUCACACGGGCAUCUGAGAUGAAUCCCGAAGACAACGUGGUGCUGGUCACUCGUGCCAAAUGUUACCUACAACUGGGUAUGGCAGAGAACGCUCUGGCCGACGCUGAACAGGCGCUCAGUCAUGACAAAGAUUAUAUUAGGGGUUUGUUGAUGAAAGCGGAGGCCUUGUACCAGUUAGGGCACUUCGAGACCGCACUGGUGUUCUUCCAUCGAGGUCACAAGCUGCGACAGGAGCUGGGAGAGUUCCGACUGGGCAUACAGAAAGCACAAGAAGCCAUAAACAACAGCAUAGGAGGUCCUUCUUCGGUGAAACUUGACACAACAGGCGACUUGACCUUCUUUGAUAAACAAGAAAAUCCAGUUAUUGAAGCAGAACCAACGUCGGAAGAUGAAAACAAUAAGGAUCACAGACGGAAGUCUAAGAAGCCCCCAGCAAAAACCUACGGUAAGCCAGGGGCACAAAAAGCCACACAGAAAGAUAGGGAGCGCCCAAAGAGUGCCGCGGACACCAAAACUAUCAAACAACUGCUGGAAGAACUGUAUUCCGACAAGACUUACCUAGAAAAACUACUUAACGACGAAAACUUGACAGCAGGCAGAUCGUACAUGGAGCGUGAGAUUAAGGGACAUAUAUGUGACGGACUGGAAUACCUCAACAAUCGGGCGGACUUUUGGCGACAGCAGAAACCCAUGUAUGCCCGUAAGCGAGACAGGUUAAAGAUGCGUCGGAGCGGAAAGUCCCGCCCAAGGGAUGCAGUUCACUUCAUCAUGCAGAACCUUGAGGAUAUAGAUGAAGCACAAGCUGAUGGUCGCUAUGAAGCUAGUCUGAACAUAGCAAAGAAACUGAUGAAAACUGUGAAAGAUAAGCCCGAGGAGGAAUUGGCCAAUAAGUGGGAGAUUAUCGCUAACAUUCACAGCCAAAUGGGAAACGCCUACCUGGAGAUGAGCAAAUACACACCUGCAAUUGAAAACCAUGAACAGGACUUGGAUAUAGCUGAGAGCAAUGGACUAGAAGAUGCUAAGUCCCGAGCGCUCGACAACAUUGGACGAGUUCAUGCAAGGAGAGGUGACUUUGAGAAAGCCAUAAAAGUCUGGGAGAAGAAAUUGCCCCUCAGCAAAUCUCCGCUAGAGAAAACGUGGCUGUUCCAUGAGAUUGGACGAUGUCAUCUGGAGAAUGAACAGUUUGAUAAAGCUAAAGAGUACGGAGAGAAGUCUCUAACAGCAGCGAAGGAGGCUGAUGACGACGGUUGGCAGCUUCAUGCUACCGUCCUGGUGGCACAAGCCGAGGUGAAAUCGUUAGAUUACUCAUCAGCCCAGACAUCAUUUGAGGAAGCCUUAGAACUUGCUAAACGAUUAGAAGAUGAUGCUGCGUUGAAUGCUGUAAAUAAGGCACUAGAGGAGGUCAAGGAAAAGAUAGCCAAGGGUUACAGGGCCGGGGAAGAUGAUGGUGACGAUGAAGUUGAUGCCAAGAAGGUUGAUUACAGACCUGGAGAGGAUGAUGAUGGAAGAAAAUCAGCACAGAGCAAAGACUCAAAGAAAAUCAGGGCCGGUGAAGAUGAGGAUGAGGGAAGGAAAUCCAGAGCUUCAAGCAAAGCAGGUUAUGAAGAUGAUUUUGAGGAAGAUAAAGGUGUCAAAGAGGAGAUUAUCGACAAAGCCCCGUCCUCGCCGACCCGACGUUCAGAGGGUUCGGGCAGACGCUCAGUUGAGGCAUCAUCUCCGUAUAAGCGAUCACCUCUUCAUUCGCCGACAAAGCGAUCUCUCGCCGGCUCGCCGACAAAGCGAUCCGCCCAGCCAUCCCCUUCUAAAAUGUCGCAAUCAUCACGCCGACAUACGUACUCUCCUACAAAACAAUCACGAGAGGUCUCUUUCAAAGAGGGCUCUGCUAAAGGGUCAAUGAAAGGAUCUGCUAAGGGGUCGGCAGGUGGAAGGUCGGCGCCAGGUAGUGCUCAGCAACGAGCCUCGCCUGCCGCUGGAGGCUCUGCCCCCGGGUCGGCGAGAGGGUCGGCAAAAGGAUCCGUAGGAGCAUUCGCGGCGACCACAGAAGAUAAAGAUGAAACAGCGGAAAUUCCGGACGAAACGACACAUGCUGAAGAGGAAAAAAGUGAACAAAAAGCCGCGUCACCAGCGCCCGCGGACACAGCCACUAAAGAGGAGGUAGUAGAAGACGAGCCUCAACAAAUUAAAGGACAAGAUUAAAGCGAUAACAGCAAGAGAGGUGUGACCUACUUACAUAUGAUUACCGUGAUGAGAGUGAAGACUGUGAUGAUCUCUUUUAUUGGACAUGACUGACCAUGAGGAACAUGAGCAAGGAAAGAAAACAACAAAAAACCCAUUAAUGCUUUUUAAUGAUUGAUAUUUCUUCAAACAUAAGAAGUUAUCAUCAAGAGGAUGAAACCAUACAUGCGCCAACGACAACUCCAAAAAAGGACAUUUGAUUUUAUUGAAAUGGUGAAUAUUUGGCAAGAACUUUUGUGACUUCGUUUGAGAAAAACAAUAGUAUCUGUGGGAUUUUGGAUGCCUGAAAGUUGUGUUCUGUGUAUUGGAUGCUGAACAACUGUGAUAUUAAAUGGAAGAGACAUAUUAUACUAAUAUAUAAUUAUCUUAUUGUACGCAAACUGCCGAUAGGUCUAUAUUUAUUUACAUAACUACGCAUAUUAGUAUUGCGCAGAUUUUGUCAGUAACAUAUUUUGAUAAUGAGACUCGAAAGAGGGAAACAGAGAGGGAGAGACAGCAUUGAGAGAGCGAAAGAAAACGUAGUGGGUGAUAAUAACGGAGAACAGAAGGAGUGAGCGAGAGACAUAGAGGACGUGACACAGGGAAAACAGCCAACAAAGAGAAUAGUUUGAAACAUUUAAACUUAAUCAAUUUUCAAUUUAAUGUUUCCAAAGAAACUUAAACGGAGGAAGUACUGUUUGUCGCAGUAAAUUUCCAUCAUUUUUUCGAAAUAUCUACGCAGACUGUUUUGGUCAAUUUUAUAUGAUAAAGGGAAUUCCUAUUCCAUUGCAAUGUUUAUUUUAACAAACUCCGUAGACCUAACCUUUAAUAGAAAGAUCUACUGUAUUGCAAAAUCGUCGACGUCACGCAGUUGGUGUGGAACAGUAACAUGCAUACAAUGUUCUUUUGUUUGAUUUGGCAUGUCUACGCAUUUAUAGGAAAAAGUGACAUCAUAUCUUUACUUGUUUCUGAAUAUCUACGCAGAAAGAUAUACUCUAUGCAAACGAAGAUCAAAAUAUAAUACAAUGUAUGCGACAGAAUGUAAGAAUGCAUGUGCGAUUGUUUCUUUAGAAAAAUAUAUAUACUAAUGUUCGUUUAAGGUCUCCAUGGGCUGUAAAAUUCAUUUAGGAAAAACUGUAUUUCUAAAAAUAUGAAGAAAAUAAGCAGUCAAAUAUGAAAAGUUAACCAGCUACAGUAAUGCUAACCAAACAUGGAUUACAUGUAUGGAACUAUUUACAUUCAACUGAUCAACAGUUAUUUUAGAACUGUUUUGUUUAAAAUAAAACUACGGACCAUCAUUCUA